AUGGUAACAACAAGGUUAUUAGAUUUGGCUUCCACAUUACCCAACUCUAAUAGCUUUGGGAUGAAACUUUUGGAUGAGGAUGGUAGUUGGGAGCUUCUCUCCAAAAUUGUGUUUGGGGAAAAAGGUUGUUGCCCUCUUGAAUUGGACGAAAUUGGGAAAAUGAUUUCAAAAAACUGCAAAGGACUUUCAUUGUCAAUUGUUGUGGUGGGAGGACUUUUGGCCAAGUCCAAACAUACAAGAGAGUUUUGGGAAUACAUAAUGGAAAACUUGAAUGCAAGUGUUAAUUUAGAGGAUGAUGAACGCUACUUGAAAAUACUAUAUAUGAGUUACAAGCAAUUGCUAGUACAUUUGAAAUCAUAUUUUCUCUAUACUGGAGUUUAUCCUGAAGAUGAGUUGAUUAAAAUCUCAAAGCCCAUUAAAUUUUGGAUUGCUGAAGGAUUUCUAAGACCAGUAAGUGGGAAAAACUUGGAAGAAAUAGCGAAAGAGUAUUUAAAUGACCUUAUUGGUAGAAAUCUCCUUCUGAUUGAUGAUUUGGAUAGCAUUGGAAACAUGAAGUACUGCAAAAUUCAUGACUUGUUGAGAGACUUGUGCUUGAGAGAAGCUAAAAAAGAAAGGUUUUAUAAUACCUUAUCAGAUAAUGAAGCCAUAAACGUCUAG